AGAGAGAGAGAGGGAGUUUUUCUGAGGAGCGAGAAAGCGAGUAUAAUAGUCCAUUCAGGAGAGAGAAAAUUAAGGAGGGAGAAAGCUCGCUCCUCUGGCCUCUGCUCUGUUCUGGUGCGUUUGUUUUCUGGCUUUGAAGGCGAUAGACGUGAGAACUUCCUCAGGAAUCACUAUCUAGUUUGCUAUUGCCCAUCCUUGCACCUUUCUUUCUAAUCGAAGCUGGGGCGGAUACGAUGUCGUCUCUCAGUAGAGAAUUGGUGUUCUUGAUUUUACAGUUUCUGGAUGAGGAAAAGUUCAAAGAGACUGUUCACAAGCUUGAACAAGAGUCUGGGUUUUUCUUUAACAUGAAAUAUUUCGAGGAUGAAGUGCACAAUGGCAAUUGGGAUGAGGUUGAAAGAUACCUCUCUGGUUUCACAAAAGUUGAUGAUAAUCGGUAUUCAAUGAAGAUAUUCUUCGAGAUUCGGAAGCAGAAAUACCUUGAGGCGUUAGAUAAGCACGACAGGUCCAAGGCUGUAGAAAUAUUAGUGAAGGAUUUAAAAGUUUUUUCAACAUUCAAUGAAGACCUAUUCAAGGAAAUCACACAGCUCUUGACAUUGGAGAAUUUCAGGGAAAAUGAACAAUUGUCAAAGUACGGUGAUACAAAGUCUGCAAGGGCAAUCAUGUUGAUUGAACUUAAAAAGCUGAUUGAAGCGAAUCCCUUAUUCCGUGACAAGUUGCAGUUCCCCAACCUUAAAAAUUCAAGAUUACGAACUCUCAUCAAUCAAAGCUUGAAUUGGCAACAUCAACUCUGUAAGAAUCCAAGGCCAAAUCCAGAUAUUAAAACUCUUUUUGUGGAUCACUCAUGUGGACAGCCAAAUGGUGCACGGGCUCCAUCACCUGUUAAUAAUCCACUACUUGGAUCCUUACCAAAGGCUGGAGGGUUUCCUCCUCUAGGUGCACAUGGGCCAUUUCAACCUACAACAGCACCUGUGCCAACACCCCUGGCAGGUUGGAUGUCAAAUCCUACCACUGUAGCUCAUCCUGCGGUUUCUGGUGGAGGAGCUAUAGGUCUUGGUGCUCCUUCAAUCUCUGCUGCUUUGAGGCACCCUAGGACCCCUCCAACUAACCCAUCUGUUGACUACCCAUCUGGAGAUUCUGACCACGUAUCUAAGAGACCAAGGCCAAUGGGAAUGCCUGAUGAGGUGAAUCUACCUGUUAAUGUGUUGCCAGCUGCAUUACCAGGUCAUGGGCAUAUCCAAGCUUUUAGUGCACCUGAUGACUUACCAAAGACUGUUAUACGAACUCUGAAUCAGGGUUCAUCUCCUAUGAGCAUGGACUUUCAUCCAGUUCAGCUGAGUUUACUUCUUGUUGGUACUAAUGUGGGAGACAUUGCUUUGUGGGAAGUGGGCUCUCGAGAGAGAUUGGUCCUAAAGAACUUUAAAGUUUGGGAGCUAAGUGCCUGUUCAAUGCCACUUCAGGCUGCUCUUGUCAAAGAUCCUAGUGUUUCUGUCAACCGUGUGAUUUGGAGUCCUGAUGGUGCUUUAUUUGGAGUUGCUUACUCAAGGCAUAUUGUUCAGAUAUACUCAUACCAUGGUGGGGAUGAUGCCCGCCAACACCUGGAGAUUGAUGCCCAUGUCGGAGGAGUGAAUGAUCUGGCAUUUUCACACCCAAACAAGCAAUUAUGUGUCAUAACUUGUGGCGAUGAUAAGACCAUCAAGGUUUGGGAUGCUGCUACUGGGGCAAAACAAUUUACUUUUGAAGGUCACGAGGCUCCAGUCUAUUCAGUCUGUCCUCAUUACAAAGAAAACAUUCAGUUUAUAUUUUCAACAGCAUUAGAUGGAAAGAUAAAAGCAUGGUUGUAUGACAAUUUGGGUUCUCGUGUUGAUUAUGAUGCUCCUGGUCGUUGGUGCACAACCAUGGCUUACAGUGCUGAUGGUACAAGGCUCUUUUCAUGUGGCACAAGCAAAGAAGGAGAAUCCUCAAUCGUUGAAUGGAAUGAAAGUGAAGGAGCUGUCAAAAGAACAUAUCAAGGAUUUCGUAAACGAUCAUUGGGCGUUGUACAAUUUGAUACAACAAAAAAUCAAUUUUUGGCUGCUGGUGAUGAAUUCUUAAUUAAAUUCUGGGAUAUGGACAACGUUCAACUUUUGACAACUGUUGAUGCUGAUGGAGGUCUACCUGCAAGCCCGCGUAUCCGUUUCAACAAGGAUGGAACCCUCUUAGCUGUUUCUGCAAAUGAGAAUGGAAUUAAAAUUUUAGCCAAUGCAGAUGGUAUAAGAUUGUUACGAACAUUAGAGAAUUCUGCAUAUGAGGCAUCGAGACCAUCUGAAGCCAUAAAGCCCACAAUAAAUCCAAUUUCAGCGGCUGCUGCUGCUGCUGCAAGUAGUGCUGCACUUGCAGAGAGGGGCUCAUCUAUAGUAUCUAUUUCGGGAAUGAAUGGGGAUGCUCGGAAUAUGGGUGAUGUUAAACCUAGAAUAGCUGAAGAAUCCAAUGACAAGUCAAAGAUAUGGAAGCUCACUGAAAUCAAUGAACCAGCUCAAUGUAGAUCCUUGAAGCUACCUGAGAAUCUGAGAUUAACGAAGAUAUCAAGGUUGAUAUAUACAAAUUCAGGUAAUGCAAUACUGGCAUUAACAUCAGAUGCAAUUCAUGUGCUCUGGAAAUGGCAGCGAAGUGAUCGAAAUUCUUCUGGCAAGGCCACUGCCAGUGUCGCACCACACUUUUGGCAACCAUCAAGCGGCAUCCUGAUGACCAAUGACAUUUCCGACAGCAAUCCUGAGGAUGCUGUGCCUUGCUUUGCUCUCUCCAAAAAUGAUUCUUACGUGAUGUCAGCAUCAGGAGGGAAAAUUUCACUGUUCAAUAUGAUGACUUUCAAGACAAUGACAACUUUCAUGCCUCCACCACCUGCAGCAACCUUUCUUGCUUUCCACCCUCAGGAUAACAAUAUUAUAGCUAUUGGGAUGGAUGAUUCCACCAUUCAGAUAUAUAACGUCCGUGUGGAUGAGGUCAAAAGUAAACUCAAAGGUCACACCAAAAGAAUAACUGGCCUUGCUUUUUCCCAUGCAUUGAAUGUGUUAGUUUCAUCUGGGGCAGAUGCUCAGCUUUGUGUGUGGAGUACUGAUGGAUGGGAAAAGCAGAAGAGUAUAGUCUUGAAGAUUCCUGCAGGGAGGACUCCAACAGCACAGGCAGAAACCCGUGUACAGUUUCACCAAGAUCAGAUACACUUCUUGGUUGUACAUGAAACUCAGCUUGCCAUAUAUGAAACAACAAAACUAGAAUGUCAAAAGCAGUGGUUUCCAAGAGAGUCUAUUGCACCCAUAUCAGCCGCAACUUUCUCAUGUGAUAGCCAGCUGAUUUAUGCCAGCUUUUUAGAUGCAACAGUUUAUGUCUUCAGUGCAUCAAACCUCAGAUUUUGUUGUCGAAUCAAUCCUUCUGCUUAUCUUUCUGCCAGUGUCAGUUACUUUUGGGAUAAAGCUGGGCACAUGUUGUAUUUGUUGGGCACAAAUAUCCUUUGGAAGAUUCAAGGCUCACAAAUUUUCACAUUGGAGGAAUUUUCUAUUUGUGCUUUAAGCAGUCCCAGUGUACAACCACUUGUCGUGGCAGCACAUCCACAAGAACCAAAUCAGUUUGCUUUAGGACUGUCAGAUGGUGCAGUUCAUGUGUUUGAGCCACUUGAGUCUGAAGGCAAGUGGGGUUUGUCUCCUCCCAUUGAGAAUGGAUCAGCAAGCAAUGCAGCAGCUACUUCAGUAGGAGUUUCUUCAGAUCAAGCCCAGAGAUGAUCCGUUUGAGCCUAAGACAAGUUUCUUCUGCAUGCUUGGCUUGCUGGCUGGCUAUUCCAACAACUUGGUACAUAACCUUAGUUCAUGCUUAAUCCAACCACUUUCUAGAUCCACUUCAUUUUCCGGGCUAUUCAUAAUCACAUUACCAUGCUUUCAAGUUCAAUCAAAUGCUGCAGAUUGGGUGAAUUCUUUUGGCUAUCUUCAAAAUUUUGGCCGUCUAGAUCCCAAAUUCCUUGCCUCAUGCAGUCUGCAGAUAACUUGCUAAGCUAGUCCUAUUCCUCCUAGUCUCCUUGUCAUUUAUGAAUAUAGUAAAGUAUUUAUAUUGUGCUGUUUGUAAUUUUAUGUACUGAAGAAUGAGUAACAAAAAUGUGGAUUUUGACAAGGUGGUAUAGGAUUUGUCUAGGUCAGCAAGUCAUCUGCUUUAGGAGACCCCGUUAGUAUAGUUUCUUAAAGCUUCACUGGUGUAUUUACCCUGUUAUGUCUUAUAUAAAAUGCUGAUUACUCGUCCUGUUUAAUUUAA